AUGAAGAAAACAGAAAACGGCACCGAAAAAUUCGAGGAAGAAGGCAAAGUUUUCUUUGAUAAUGCUGAAGAUACGACGAAAGGACUUAAUAAACGAGAGACGUGGUCUACCAAACUCGACUUUCUCCUAGCUUGUGUGGGAUUCUCGGUCGGGUUUGGAAAUGUCUGGAGAUUUCCAUAUCUGUGCUACAAAAACGGCGGAGGUGCGUUCCUCAUUCCUUACCUGAUAUGUGUGGUGGUGGCUGGAGUGCCGCUCUUUUUUCUGGAAGUAACCGUUGGUCAGUUUAUGGGGGUCAGUGGCUUCAAGGCAUGGAACAUCUGUCCUAUUUUACAGGGUCUUGGAGGAACCACUACAACCAUUGUGUUUUUCCUCAACUGUUACUACAACGUGAUCAUAUGUUGGGCACUUUACUACGUGUUCUCCUCCUUCACCUCCGAGCUUCCCUGGAAGUCUUGUGGCCAUGAAUGGAACACAGAACACUGUUAUGACUUUACUGGCGCCAAUAAGACAGUAGUCAAUAUGACUGGAGGAUACUACAACCUUACUGAGACUACUACGGUACCAUCGCCGACUAACACCACGUCGAUCAUCAAAAUAGAUCCUGUCAAUGAAUUUUGGGAGAGAAAAGUCCUGGGUCUGUCAUCUGGCAUUGAUCAAAUGGGCAUUGUAAGAUGGGAUCUAGCUCUAUGUUUAUUAUUAGCCUGGGUGAUAGUGUACGUUUGUAUCUGUAAAGGAAUCCGAACUUCCGGUAAGGUGAUGUACGUCACGGCGACUGCCCCAUAUUUCUUCAUGCUCGCCCUACUCAUACGUAAUUCUAUGCUAGAGGGCGCUCUUGAUGGGGUGAUCUAUUAUUUGAAGCCAGACAUCGCUAAACUUGCUGACAUGGAAGUAUGGAUUGACGCCUCCACACAAAUCAUGUGGUCCUAUUCCAUAGGUAAUGGUGCCCUGACCGCCCUUGGCAGUUACAAUAAGUUUAGCCACAACUCCUAUAGGGACGUCACAAUCUUCGCCUUCAUCAACUCUGGGACUAGUAUUUUUGCUGGAUUCCUAAUCUUUACCAUUCUAGGCCACAUGGCUUUUCUACAAGACACAACUGUGGACAAAGUGGCUGCCUCAGGUCCGGGUCUUGCCUUCAUAGCCUAUCCGAAAGCAGUGUCCAUGAUGCCUGGGGCUCCGAUCUGGUCGACCUUAUUCUUCAUCAUGAUCAUUUUCCUGGGAAUCGACAGCCAGUUUGUACAAAUGGAAGGCUUCAUCACUUCUGUCGUCGAUCAGUACGCCCACAUACUAAGGAAAGGGUACCGGAAGGAGAUAUUUAUAGCUGUGGUCUGCGCGGUGUCUUUCCUGAUUGGUCUGACAAUGAUUGCAGAGGGAGGGAUGUACGUGUUUCAAAUCUUUGAUUACUAUUCCGGCAAUAGAGUAAUUCUGCUCGUUGCCUUUGCCGAGUGCGUGGCUGUGGCAUGGAUUUACGGUAUAAAUCGAAUUUACGACAAUAUUGAGAUGAUGAUGGGUCACCGUAUCAACCGGUACAUGUGGUUAGCUUGGACAGUGUUGACACCACUGUUCUGUAUAGUAUUUUUCCUCAUCAGUAUAGUGACAUACUCUGAGCUGGACUACAAGCGUACUACCCUGACCUACGAGUACCCCGGCUGGGCUGUAGCCAUUGGCUGGAUCAUGGCCAUGUCCUCGGCUGUCUGGAUUCCAGCUCUCAUUCUUCACAAAUUCUUUAAAUAUGGAUUUAAUUUGGAGACUCUUCGACUGAUGCUUGUUCCUCUUGGGUUAAAGGACCACCAGCUGAGAGCAAAAGACAAAGGACAGAAAACACUGGCUGAUCUGAAUACCAUGUCCUAA